AUGGAUGGGCGAGUUCCCAGCAUUGGGCUAGGAGGCUUCGCCAGCAGUUGCGUGACCUUUCUGUCCCGCAGCCAUGGUUUCAGCUGUGACAACAUCUACGGCUACGAAGUUGUCCUUGCCUCUGGCGAAAUCGUCUACGUCACUACAAGUUCUUACCCCGACCUUGGCGGGCUGUCAGAUAUUGCAGACAUUGCCGACGUCGUGAACACUUAUGGAGCUACUAUCCCAUCCUCUGCCAACCGGUAG